AUAAAUUUCGCGCCUUCUUUGGUUGGUCUCUUUCUCUCUCUCUCAUAUUUUUUCUUACUUAUAAAAUCAGAAGAGAAAUGCAAAACCCCAUUAAACUCAUUUGCAGACACACAUUUUUAGGGUCUUCAAAACAAAAAUCAAAUCAAAUAUAAAUAUUUUCUUUUUCACUUUCUUUCUGUCCAAACAUGAAUUCUUCCAUUAUACGAAUCAGUACUCAUCUUCCUCUUCCUCAAUGUUGCUUUCCUUCUUCAACAACACCGAUAAAGCAUUCUAGCAACUCUACCUUAAGAUGUGCUAAUUCUAAGUCCAAGAGAAAUAAUUCUUUAAAAUGUUGUAAUUUUCUCUCACCGGAAUUGAAUGCCAGGAGGAGGAACCCUAACAGUUUCACCGAGAUUGAAAUGCCGCCGGGGGCAUCCGAGCUCUCCGUUGCCGAUAAGCUUCAACGGUUAGUUUUGGAAUUCAAGUCGCUGGCGGAGCCGAUGGACCGUGUGAAGAGGUUGCUUCACUACGCGUCGAAGCUGCCGCCUUACGAUGAAUCGGGUCGGGUUAAGGAGAACCGGGUCGCGGGUUGCGCGACUCAGGUUUGGGUAGAGGCGAAGAUGGAUGAGAAUGGGAGGGUAGGGUUUAGAGCAGAUAGUGAUUCGGAGAUUUCUAAAGGGUUCUGUUCGUGUUUGAUUUGGGUAAUGAAUGGGGCUGAGGGUGAGAAGGUUUUGGAGUUGAAGACGGAGGAUUUUGAAUAUGUGAAUGUUGGGUUGCACGGAAGGGGAAAUUCGAGGGUGAAUACAUGGCAGAAUAUAUUGAUAACUAUGCAGAAAAAGACCAAAGCUUUGGUUGAUGAGAGAAAUAGAAACCUCUCUUUCGAAACUUUAUCUUCUUCUAUUGAUGAAUUCGCUACUGAAAAUCAUGGAGGUUCGGCUCAAGCUCAUAAUUACAGUGAACUGUAUACAGUGUUCGGGCUAAGUGCUAAUAGGUGCUUGACUUGAGAUUUGUGAACCAGAAGUUGUAAUAAUAGAAGGGUGUUUUAAGAAAAACUACAAACGGGGGAACACUUCAAGUUUGAGGUAAGUCAGCAAUAUAUCUAAGCAGCCAUUACCUUAGUUCUCUGAAGGACUCUUAUUCUUUCUUUUCUCCAUUAUGAGAAAUCCAAAGAAGGACACCACAGAAAAAGCAGAGAAGCAAAUCGAAGCAAUGUCAAAUGACACCUGAUUUCCACUGAUUCCUUGGAUUUUAAACAGGUUACUGAUCUUACUAGCAUCUGUAGUCUGGCCAAACCCCACCUCCUCACCGGAGGAGUUGUAAGCGUAGACUCUCACAAAGUAGGUAGCUGAAGGAAUAUCGUUUUCAAUUGGCCAAUCGAAGCUUUGACUAGUCUGAGAAGCAUCAUAGUUUCCAUUAGCAAUGGUGAAUUGACAGGUCUUGUCUUUGUUCAAGUUGUCUACGGUUUUCCUCCAUCCCCGGUCUAUCUGGCUCACCGGAGCAUAACACAAACUCACUUUCACAUUCUUGUACUCUAUACCGACUCCAGAUGCCUUGAAGCUCUCAUUCAAACCCCAUUUCCCAGUAAUUCUGUCCUCUUCAGCCUUCAAUACUGCACCAUAAAGUGUAGAAAGUCACAGUGAGAAAGGCUUUAACCACACACACCAUGGAGCCCUAAAGAAUACUAUAAGAAAAUAUUCAGAUGUAAACUAAUUGAGAUUAGUAAAAAUCCCAAGUCUUAGAUUACUCUGUAAGUAUGGAUGUUCCUUUUGCCGAUUAAAAUAAAGAGCAAAUAAAGCUACAAUUCUUCAUACCUUGACCUUGUAGAGGGGAAGCACUGACCACUAGAGUUCUUGGGAGAGAAGAGAAGAGAACAUCACCAUAACAAGUUUGAGCUAAGCAGAACAGUAGAAAGCUGAUGACUACAAGAGAUUCCAUUGCUGAUAUUCUUUUUUCUUUUGGAGAAAAAGAAGAAUGGUAAGACUUUAUAUUGGUAGUAAACGUAGAAAA